AUGAAAAUAGAUUGGAUUAUAAAAACUGUAAGAGACAUAAAAGAUGAGGCGGUGCGUAAAAAUGAAAUAAAAAUAUUGAUUAAAGAAGUAGUUCAAGAAGAAUUAGGAAAUGUUAAACAAGAACUGGAAAACUUCAAGAAAAUAAUUCAGGGAGCAGCAUAUGGAUCAAGGGAAGGUUUGCAGAGAAGCUACAGUGAAGCGAUUAAAGAAAAGAAAAAAGAAAAUGUUAUAAUUGUUAAGACGAAAUUGCAGCAGGAGAAUGAAGACACGAAAAAAGUGAUAAAAGAAAAGGUGGAUAUAAAGAAUACGGCAAUGACCGGUGCACUGAGGGCUCUCACCGAAGUACUGGACGGUUAUAGAAUCGACAUUACGGCACUGCAAGAAAUACGGUGGACUGGGCAGGGAACUAUUGAUAAGCAGAGGCAUACCGUUAUUAUAAAAUCACAUGCGCCCACGGAAGAGAAGCCGCAAAAUGAGAAAGAAGAAUUCUAUGAGGAUCUUGAAGCGGUGUACAGACACUGCCCAAAGAAUGAUAUUAAGAUAAUAAUGGGUGAUAUGAAUGCUAAAGUUAGACAGGAGCCAAUCUUCAGCCUGACAAUAGGGAGAAACACCUUUCAUAAAAAGAGCAACGACAAUGGGCUCCGCCUCAUAAAUCUUGCCGCGUUACUUAACAUGGCCAGUACGUGUUUCCAGAACAGAAACAUACAUAAAGCAGCGUUGGUCUCACCGGAUGGCAGUACAAAUCAAAUUGAUCACCUCUUGAUUGAAACCAGGCAUGGUUCGGACAUAUUGGACUGUCACCGCUACAGAGGAGCUAACGUAGACUUAGACCACUAUCUAGUCAUUGCCAAACUAAGGCUGAGCGCCUGGCCGACAGCCUUAACACUUGACUUAGCCUUCCGCACUGAGGAGACGCUUGGAAUGGAUGACAGGUGGAACAGGGUGAAGAGAGAGAUGCGGAGUGGAUUGGAGGAAACUGUUGGCCUGGAGCGACAUACUGGGAGAGAAAAGUGGUAUGAUGAGGAGAGUGCAGAAGCUACAAGGGCAAGAAACAAAGCAUAUAAAAGGAUGCAGACUCGGAAGACUAGAGCAACGACGGAGGAGUACCAGGAGAAAAGACGAGCGGAGAAACGAAUCCAUAGAGCGAAGAAAAGAGCCUUUUUUGAGAGGCAGCUACAAAGCGUCGAAAACCUAAACAGAGCUACGUAA